GGGACAAGUGGUGUUGAACUUUCUGCUGGUUUCCAUUGGUACUUAAAACACUGGUGUCUGAUACACAUAUCUUGGGAGAAGACCGGUGGUCUACAGUUGUCAUCUGUACCAAAAGUGGGCUCCCUUCCGCAUGUUCCUUCGGCUGGUAUUUUGGUACAAAGACCUGUUCCGUUGAGUUACUACCAGAAUGCUGUUACAUCCAGUUAUUCACAUGCAUGGUGGAGUUGGGAAAGAUGGGAGAAGGAAAUUGAUUGGAUGGUUCUCCAAGGGGUCAACUUACCACUUGCUUUCAAUGGGCAAGAAGCCAUUUGGCAGAAAGUUUUUGAGAGGUAUAAUAUCAGCCGUAGAGAUCUGGAUGAUUUUUUCGGGGGGCCUGCAUUUCUUUCAUGGUCACGUAUGGGAAACUUGCAUGGAUGGGGUGGACCCUUGCCUCAAAGUUGGCUUGAUGAUCAACUUGUUCUUCAGAAGAAAAUUCUUGCUAGGAUGUACUCGUUUGGAAUGACUCCGGUUCUUCCUGCCUUUUCUGGGAAUGUUCCUUCGGUGUUGAAAUCCAAAUUUCCUUCAGCUAAAAUUACUCACCUUGGAAAUUGGUUUACAGUUCAUAGUGAUCCAAGGUGGUGUUGUACAUAUCUUUUAGAUGCAACUGAUCCUUUGUUUAUAGAAAUUGGAAAGGCAUUUAUGGAACAACAACUUAAAGAAUAUGGCAGGAGAAGUCACAUAUACAAUUG